GCGAAAACUGUUGAUCAUCCGCUGGUCCAGCUGGACGUCGACAGUUUCACGGCGCCACUAGUCUCCUCUGAGUGAGCAAUGGAAGCCAACACAAGCAAAGGCAGCACGACCGGCGCCGAGGUGCCGUCCCUCCUCGCCAACGUCGAGGUCUCCCACCUCGACGGCUUCGACACCACCACGCCGGCGCCCAGCCCGCACCCUCCGCUCAGUCCCCGCACACAGCAGCAGCUCAACCAAGAUGACGCGACCCGCCCCACCGCCCGGGUGCGGCCCCUGGACCGCGUCACGCACCGCAGCGAUGCGGCCAUCCCGCAGUUCGACUCGCCGUUCCAGCCGCCGGGGUCCCGCCACGCGCCGCACGUCUCCAUCAGCCUGCCCACCUCGCCCACCGGUUUCUCCGAGCACCACCUUCCGCCGCACGCGGGCGGUGACGGGGCCGAGCCCCACCGGCUGUCCAGGACGAGCGCGGCGGACGAGGCGGAGCGCCCGCCCAUGCACCAUGCUGGCAGGACGAGCAAGGUGAUGUUCCGGUCGCAGCCCAUCCCCGGCGGGGUGCCCGCGCACAUGGGUGGACGGAUGAACAGCCGGGCCGGCCGGACGAUGAACCGGGGGCGGUACGACUCGUUCAAGACCUUCUCCGGGAAGCUCGAGAGGCAGAUCACCCACCUGGCUGGCGGCGGCGUGCCCGUCAAUACCCCCGAGGAGGAGGAGGUGGGAGACGCCAUCAGCGGCGAGCGCACGCCGUCCUUGCCUCCCAAUGUUGAUCGCUUCUUCGCCGCGCUGGAGGGGCCCGAACUGGACAAACUCAAAUCGUCGGAGGCGCUGGUGCUGCCGUCGGACAAGAAAUGGCCGUUCCUGCUCCGGUUCCCCGUGUCCACCUUCGGUAUGUGCCUGGGAGUCAGCAGCCAGGCGAUCCUGUACAAGACGAUCGCGACGGCGCCGCCCACGGAGUUCCUGCACGUCAGCCUCAAGGUGAACCUGGUGCUCUGGUUCAUCGCUGUCACACUCAUGAGCAUCAUCACGACCGUCUACGCCUGCAAGAUCGUCUUCUUCUUCGAGGCCGUCCGCCGCGAGUACUACCACCCCGUCCGCGUCAACUUCUUCUUCGCGCCCUGGAUCGCAUGCAUGUUCCUCGCCAUGGGCGUGCCGCCCUCCGUCGUCGCCGAGCUGCCCGGAUGGCUCUGGUACGCGCUCAUGGCCCCCAUGCUCUGCCUCGAGCUCAAGAUCUACGGCCAGUGGAUGUCCGGCGGGGACAGGCGGCUCUCCAAGGUCGCCAACCCGUCCAACCACCUCUCCAUCGUCGGCAACUUCGUCGGCGCGCUGCUCGGCGCCUCCAUGGGGCUCAAGGAAGGCCCGCUCUUCUUCUUCGGCGUCGGGAUGGCGCACUACGCCGUGCUCUUCGUCACCCUCUACCAGCGUCUCCCCACCAACGCCACGCUGCCCAAGGACCUGCACCCCGUCUUCUUCCUCUUUGUCGCCGCGCCCAGCGUCGCCUCCAUGGCAUGGGCCAAGAUCACUGACGAGUUUGGGCUCGGGGCCAAGCUCGCCUACUUCAUCGCCAUGUUCCUCUACGCCUCCCUCGCCGUCCGCAUCAACUUCUUCAGGGGCAUCAAUUUCUCACUCUCAUGGUGGGCCUACACCUUCCCCAUGACCGGCGCCGGCAUCGCCUCCAUCCGCUACGCCACCGUCGUCGACAACACCUUCACCAGGGGGCUUUCCCUAGGCCUCUCCUUGCUCGCCACGCUCACCGUCACGGGCCUCUUCGCCACCACCAUGGUGCACGCAUUCAUAUUCCGCAACCUCUUCCCCAACGACAUCGCCAUCGCCAUCACGCACAAGAAGAUCAGACCCAUCAUGGAGCUGGAGCAGAGAUCAAACGACGACGACAGCCGCUCAGGCAGCAGCACCACCACCAAGGACAUUGAGGCUGGCCCGACCGCCGCAGUAGCGCCAGAAUCCUGAAGAAUUCCUUCGCUCAUCAGAUUUUCGAUACAUUGCCAUGUAAAGGAGUUCGUUUGCUUAGGCGCUGGCACCCGCAGUGUGCGUGGCUGGUGGGUAGACACGAUCGUCGUAGGAAUGCUUCCUGGUGGUGUAAAGCGGAGAGGAGCUUUCAACUCUAGUACUAAAACUUUUCCGAAAGCAUUUUUC